AAAUCUAAUCAUUUUAUUAUUAACUCGUUCCUUAUUAUUAACUUCUUAUUAGCCAUGAAUCAGAAGACAUUUGUGUAGUUUCCUGUCAAUUUGGAGUUCAAAACAAACGCUUGCGUUGCUCCAAAAUAUUUGAAAAUAUAUUUCAACUUUUGAGAGAUUGUUGCGCAAACUUUGCUUAUCAUCAGUAUCAAAAAAUGUCAUUUAAUUAUACUUUUGCAAAUUCGAACACCAUGGUUCAGCGAAGAAGGAACAAUCCUGAAAUUAUUGACUCAUAGACAAAAAUGGCACUAGUCCGAAAUUUGCAUCGAUUCAUUUCAAUAUCUAGAGUACAAUCCACAGUCAACUCAUCUGUAUUUAAAAAAUCCAAUGGAACGAGUUUUGUGAGAUCGGCUUCAACUACACAACCACUUCAGGAGAAAAAGGAAGAAGUAAAAGUGACAUUCAUAAGAGCAAGUGGAGAGAGAAUUGAAGUGAAAGGAAAAAUAGGAGACACACUCUUGGACAUUGUUGUUAAUAAUGAAAUUGAUUUGGAUGGUUACGGUGCUUGUGAAGGAACGCUGACGUGUAGCACGUGCCAUUUAAUACUUCCAAAGGAUGUUUAUGAUAAAUUACCUGAUAAACCAACGGACGAGGAGAACGACAUGUUGGAUCUAGCCUCUGGACUGACGGAAACGUCUAGACUUGGUUGCCAGAUAAUUUUAACGAGCGACCUGGAUGGUCUCGAAGUUCGAGUGCCCCCCACGCUCUACGACGCUCGUAGCUGAGACCGUAAAAUUAAAACAAUAAAAUGGAAAAAUCUAGCAAAAAUUCUAUCAGAUGUACAUAAUAGUUCAACAAUAUUGAUCAAAAAGUGUUCAGUUUUUACACGACCAAACAAUCGUUGCAAUUACAGAAGUGUACUUGCAGCACGAAUAAUUGGAAAAUAGGUGAUAUUUUUUUGUAAUAGAACUAAUGAAUAAUGAAUUAAACAAUUAUUUUACUGUUUAAAAUGAUUUAUUCUAAACAUUAAACAUUGGGCUUAUAAGUUUCUCGUGUGUACAUAAAGCUAAAACACUUUUGUACUUCAAUAAUAUAACAAAUAAUUUACUUCUCUAGAA